AUGACCCACUCUCUGUUUGUACUACUGCUCAUCUUGCUGCUGGGCUGCAUCAGUGGAUAUGCAGAAGAAGAGGAACCCAUACGCCGUAAUUUUCAUGGCUUUCAUUUUUUGGAGUUUGGGAAUGGAGAUCUGGUGGCAAUUGACGGUGCUAAUUUGUAUCGGUGGAAUAAACAUAAAGUUGAAUACAUGGAAUUAUUGACACCAGCGAGCGGGGAGGGUCAAGGUGCGUGGUGGAACCCCCAUAGAAAUUGGUUCCGCUUUUAUCCAUCUGGAUACAAUGGUUUUCCCAUAAACUAUGGCUCUGGUACACCAUUUCGUGCAGUGUUUGCUCUUGUGGAAAACAACAACCCUCCAAGUAAAGAAGGUGCUCACCCUGUUCGAAGUAAAAACCCCCCAACUCCAGAAUAUUCUUUUAUUCACAUUGUGUGGAUGAACACUCUUAAUGGUGGAAUCGGAGAGAAUUCGUUCACUUACGCUCCGUUGAUUCUUAAAUUUCCUUUUGAAUAUGGGACAGCAAGGGUUGUACGAUUUCCUGUUGACACUAUCUCACCAAUUUUAACAACAAAGAACAAUACACUUGUGUUUCCUGUGCAAUUUGUUACGGAGGAUAACAAAACCAUUUCGUCAGUAAUGUAUUAUAGGCCCCAUGAUACGAAGUGGAAAAUUGGUGGGGCUUUGCCUGAUAUGGACACCUCUAAUCCUGCUGUUAUCGAGUGGGAAAAUGAUAAGUUAAUGAUGAUUGCUCAGCAUCCCAGCGGCCAUUACAGAGUGUAUGAGUCCACCGAUUUGGAAAAGACAUGGGCAGAGUCUACCAGUACACUCUCUCGUGUGUGGUCCACCUCCACUGUAACUACUGACAUACCAACUACUGAUCGUGGAAGUCAUAACAACUCUAUUACGGCAACUAUUGAUGGAAAGCGUGUCAUUCUUUUUACACAGUCUCUGGUAUCUGGGCCACAGAACGUGUUCUAUCUGUGGCUCACUGAUAACACACACAUUUAUUAUGUUGACUUCAUAGCUACACGUCCAAGAGCGGCAACAAGCUCUUUAUUGUUCAAAAAUGGCGAACUGUACUUUCGGUAUGAGACUGUUGAAGAGUCAGGUAAGCACAAAGUCUUUUUUGUGGAUCUGACGACAGCUAUGGAGAGCAUCAAAAGUGUGGUGAAAAAAUGGACUGAACAAGACCAGAUUCUCACUGAGAGUCGUUGCUGCACUGAUGAAUCUUGUGCUUCUGUCUGUCGUAUUCCCACUAUUGGACUUGUGGGCUAUUUGUCUGGAAACAUCGAUGGUAAUAAAUGGAAGGAUGAAUACCUCGGUGUGGAUGCUUCUGUAAGUGGUAUAACAGAGAAGGUUACUAAUGGCUUGAAGUUCAUGGGUCCUGGUUCAGGAGCAAUAUGGCCUGUAAGUACAAAUGUACUGGCGAGGCAGUAUCACUUUACAAACUAUGCUUUUACUCUUGUGGCGACGGUGACUAUCCACAAGGUACCAAAGAAUGACAGCAGUCCUUUGUUGGGUGUAAGAAUGUGGGACAAAAACAAGCACAGUAUUCUUCUGGGAGUGUCGUACAACAACGAUAAAACGUGGAGCGCCAUAAACAGGGGAACCAAAAGUAAGUCAACAGGUACAUGGGAAGUGGAUAAUGAAUCUUCUCUGGUAUUGACAUUCAAGAACGGUACAGGCUCUGUGUAUAUCAACAGUACUCGGCUACAUGUGGGAACUAACUUAAACAUCGAGGAAGUUGUGAAAAUUUCCCAUUUUUACUUUGGUUGGGACGGUGAGUCUGUCGAAGGCUCUCAUAUAUCAGUGAAAGACGUUAUGCUGUACAACCGCGUGCUGAGUAAUGAAGAGAUUGAUGUGCUGCUCAGAAGCAGGAUGAAUAUUUCGUUUUCACCUAGUGAUGCAGAACAGAUACAGGAAGAAACGAACGAUAAAUCCUCGCAAGAGCAAAACACACCACAAUCCAGUACAACUUCGACCCCAGCGAAAACUCCUGUUGCUACCGUUCAACCUGAGUCUCAACCAGAAAGUCAAGAGAAUCAACAGCCUGCUCCGGUAGUGGACAUACCACCAGAAAAAACACAGCAAGAAGUAAAUACUACCGAAAAUAAAACGUCCACAGAAACUACCGUGCCGGUUUCCAGUACGAACACGAAGCAGCAAGACCUUUUGCAGAAUACAACUCAAUCAAUGAUCAACAAUAAUGUUAAUGCCCACAAAAAUAAAAGUAUUGAUGGUACUGUUCGUAUCUAUGAAUCUGUAUUGCCAAUGCUUGUUUUGGGAUUGUGGGCUCUUGCAACAGUUUUCCCAUAA